AUGACUAUCCUGCAAAUCUUGGCGACACAAGCGCCAGACGGUGAUAUAUCUAGCACGAAUGCUAUCGUUAUACACCACAAAAAUUCUUUACUCUCACACCCAUCCGUCGAAUAUAACUCAGGUCUCAAACGAUCCCACUCAGUGGCCACUAAUGAAUCUACUUAUUUUUUUCAGCUAUUGGAACGUUGCCGCUGGCGUUGCAGUAAUAUACGACUGGGCACUAACACUUGGACAAGAGGCCAGCGAAUUGGCACUGCUAAUAACCCAUUUUUGAUAAUUAGUACCUAUAUUCUGCAAAAUAUGCCAAUGGUCACUCUAACAGAUGCAGGGUGCAAUAUUACGAUGUACGCGCUGACUGGGGCAAAUGUGGUCAUAACUGUCAUGUUAGGUGUCAUCAUGAUUGCUCGCUUACAUGCCAUGUAUCAGGGAUCUAGAAUGAUGCUCAUCUUCCUUGUUAUUGUCUUUCUGGCUGUUAAUAUUGCCAGCGGAGUAAUCUCGUCGAUAGACGUCAAGUACAUUGUAGCGGGAUCGACCAUCGGGGACUGUUUCAGAGUGCUCAUACAAUCACACGUUCUUUAUUUUGCAAGAGUCUCUCCAGAAUUCUUGAAUCCAAAUUUUAUUGGAUCUCAGAUGCUCAAUGGUGCUCUUCAAAUUUUAUUGUUUGUACAGAUGUUUGUGAUGGGACCACGCCUCAUCCUUAGUGUCCGAGAAUAUCAUGCCAAGUUCGUGGCAUGCUCCGAUGCAGAAACUAGCAUGAAUUCGAUUGUCUUCCAGGAGCAUACAAACCUGUUUCUUGUUGUAUUACUACUGGAACUCAGUGAACUGGCCGCCCACACUUGCACCAAGUGGCAAGCCGUAAUUAUUCAGAACGUCUAG